GUUAUCGAGGAAGCUCUGCUCUCCCCUGUUCUGUGUGAAUCAGAAUUCUCCCAUUUGUGCCAGUGAUUGAAAGUGAUCUCAAGAAGUGACUCGCCAUGACAACGGACUUUAGUCGUCACCACCAGUAUUACUACUAUACCGGCCAGGAAACGGCCAACGUGAACGUAAAAAUGGAGCAAAUCGAGCAGCACAUCAACACCGAAGAUUACUACGGCAGUUUUCCGGCCAUCAACGGCCAAGGAUUAAAUCUGUCCAACAUGAUGAUGCUCCCGAACUACGAAUCUCAGCUUACGAGCUACCCGGAGUCCUGGAUGACCCCUUCGCCGUCCAGCUUUGGUUCUGAAAGUCCCGACUACUACUCGAUCAGUUCUCCGGCCUUCAUCGACGUCGAAGAGUGCAAAGAAAACCUACUCAAGCAAGCCACUCAGCUCCCGCUAUCGCCACCCAUCAUGCUACCCACCCCCAUCGUGGAAAUGCCCACCCCAACAGCGCUUCCGGUCAAAAAACGCCAAUACCGACGCCAGCCAAAAAUCAAAGCCGAACCACUCGUCGCCAUGGAAACGCAAGCAACGCCUACUUCGGACCUAUCCUGCAACACCGCACUCUUGUUCUCGAAAGAUUCCGCCACAGCAAUCGCAACCGUCGUCACCACGGCAACCGGAAAAAGGAAACGCAAGCCGGUCGCGCCGCAGAUCAAGAAGAAGCGCCGCCUCGCCGCAAACGCUCGCGAACGUAAACGGAUGCAGAGUUUGAACGAUGCGUUCGACCGGUUGCGGCAGUGGUUGCCCAGUUUGGGCAACGAUCGGCAACUGUCCAAGCACGAGACGCUCCAGAUGGCGCAGCAGUACAUCACGGCCCUGUACGAGUUGCUGCAGUAGGGGGCUCGCGUUUUUGCGAGCAGGAGAUUCGCCGCAGACGAGUGAUUCUUAGUCAGUAGUUGCUUCCGCCACCCCAAAGUGUACAUUUUUGUUUCUUGUUUCGAUGAGACAGUUAAAGUGACAAGCAGUAAGAGGCUUUUUGCACAUACAGUAGGAUUGUUUUACGAACGGACGGAUCCGAUGGAUCCGGAAACGAUUCGAUAAGUUCCAGUGCCAGUUAAGUUGUAUGUACUACGGAUGUAUAAAAUUGCAUAGUUAUGUUAGAUUUGUUAAGGUUACUUCUUUUUGAACUGAUUGUACUAUAGCUUAGAGGUUAAGUUUGAACGAAGAAGUUUAAAUUAUUUUAUCGGUAUUGAGAGAUGUACAGGCUACGGUGUUAGCUGAGAAUAAAUGUUGAAUGUAA